AACCCCAGGCAGAAAUUUGCCUGCAUGGGACAGGGUGAUGUCAGGGGGAUGAUGCGGCAUGAUUCUCUGGUUCCACUGCAUCAAACAGCUGCUUUCCUAUUGGCCGGUGAGGAUGUUGGGAUGCUGCGCUGCCUGUAACGUCAUCCGACCAGCAGCACGUUAUCUACCUCGCCGGCUCAGCACUCGUCCUGGGAACGAGGCAAGUGCUGAUUUUGAGAAACACAGCGGCCACCACGCACUGAAGACCGGACGCAGGUGUAGUCGAGACAGGACGUUCUCUGCCCGCAUCCGCAGCGCACCAUGAGGGAAAUUGUUCACAUCCAGGCUGGACAGUGCGGAAACCAGAUCGGGGCGAAGGUAGGGAAACCAUCAUUUAAUGCAGGAAAAUAAAAAAAAACCUAAAAGGUGUGAUUGGAGUUUAAUUGCUGAAUGUCACAUGUGAAAUAAUGUGAAUUUAGACUCAAAGCGUUUAAAUAAAUAGGUAGGGCUUUCUUGGACAUUGCCAUAUAAAUAAAGCUUUGAAGAAAGUUAAGGAUUGGUUAUUUAUAUGUUUAUAUAAAUACAGGGUGGGGUCCACUCGGGCAGUGGCUGCAGUGAUGUGGCCCACCUCUGCUGCGUGUCAUUUUCUCCUCACGCAGAUGCGCAAUCACUAAAAUAAAUCUUUACGCACGUGCUCUGACCCCUUUCUCGUGCAUGCUUUGUUGUCAAAUGGCCCUAACAUGAUCACGUUUGUCCCAUUUUAGUUCUGGGAGGUGAUAAGUGAUGAGCACGGCAUCGAUCCCACCGGUAGUUACCAAGGUGACAGUGACCUGCAGCUGGAGAGGAUAAACGUGUACUACAAUGAAGCCUCUGGUAAGGGGAAAUAAAAACACCACCUCUAACAAAGUUUGCCUCUAACAUCACCUUUGCAUCGGAGUGUUUUAUCUCACACACAAAAAAAGAGCUUUGUUUCCAUUGCUUAAUGUCCUUGCAUGACCUUAUGCUAAUACCAAUGUAACAGUAUGCUCAUGUCACUAAUUUAGCAGCGAGAGAAAGUAGGUCCCAGCAUGAGCAGGAAGAAAUUAGGACAGUGAAUCUGCUAAAAUCUCCCUCUCUAUGUCCCUCUUUCUCUUUCUCUCUCUCUCUCUUUCUCCCUCUCUAUAGGGAGUACAGGUAUCUGCAGUCUCUGUAUAGCUGACCCCUACUCACUCUGCCUUAUCUCAUCCCAGCUUCUAAUAUUUUCAUUGGCCCCUUGCUAUGCAUUUAACAGUUGAUGAAUGAGGUUCAGUGUUCUUACAGCUCUGUCUGCCAGAAGGACAAGUCAGAGCAGGUUUCACUGCAUGUUCACUCAUGACUGAGAUCAAGCAAGGCUCAUUCAUCCUCUAUGUAGUAAUGAGUAAAUGCAGAUAAGCCCGAGAGGCAUUAGGUGUUACCCCAUCCUUUUUGUCAGCAGCAGCAGCCAGUAUUGAUCCUUUGUUUCCAUGCUGCAUGCAGGCGUCACUGUCACCUACUGGGCUAGUUUGUGUCUAGGUAGAGCAUCCCAUGAAAUAAAUGUUGUGCAAUUAGUCAAAGAACAGACCGCAUUAAGAUGAAUUCAAGUAGGACAGACAGAAAUAGAGGUACAGGUUGUAGCAGAUCACGUCUUUGGAUGAACUCUGCAGAGCUCAGCACAAUGAGCCCCACUGGUCUCGAAUAAGCAGUGCAGCAUGCUGCAGCAGUUUGAAGGCAAGGGUUACAGACAGGGAGGGUGGAGCCAAGUGGUGUCAGACACAAACAAUGGAGGACUGCAUUCUUUAAAAAAACCCAGCUAAAGAAAGAGGCUGGAGAACAUCUGUUAAUGUCCCAUUAGAUGAGAAAUGUUAAUAUUGAGAAAAUGAUAACUACAAAUUGAAGCAGUCAAGUUUUUGUUCUGACAUCAUGCACCCUGAGACUGUGGAUAUCUCACUCCACCCUUCUCUCCAUUACGUCUCUCUAUCUUUCUGUCUUCUACUCUUUUUGUCAUCCAAAGGCAGCAAAUUUGUCCCCCGUGCCAUUCUGGUUGACCUGGAGCCAGGAACCAUGGACUCAGUCCGCUCCGGGCCUUUUGGACAGCUCUUCAGGCCUGACAACUUUGUCUUUGGUGGGUUGACUAUUUAUCACAGUGUCAUCACUAAUCCUGAACAAACUGCAUGCACAAUUUGUGCGUGUCAGCAGCUCCUGUCUUAUCCUGUAAAGCUGAGCUUAGUUUCACCUGACAGAGACGUAUAGUACUUUACAUUCCCGGCACAGAGCCUCUGCAGCCCCUCAGCGAUAUGCCAGUACUGUGACGUAUCCUCCAUGUGCAGCUGUGUGAGACAUUUCUAGGGGUGACUCAGCGAAAAAGAAAUCCACUCAGAGAUGAGACUGCAGUGCUGAUCAUGUCUAGUGUGGAUAAAGGAUGACUUCACAUGUAUUUCAUGGAAAAAACACUGGAAACAGAAAUGUUAGUGAGCUUUAUGUUCAUGUCAGAAGGUGCAAGCUAUAUCAGUUUUAAGAUUUAGUAUUAAAAAGAAAAACUCUUUCUUUGUCACUUCCUUUCUAAUGAGGUACACUCUGAAUGAAUGUAACACGCUAAUAUGACCAUGAACAAGAUUUAGAGCAUUCUUCAAAGUUCGUUUACAUUUUGUUUUAGAUUUUGCCUGAAUUUGCAAUUAGAUGCCAAAAAAUAGUGCUCUGUUACAUAGAUCUUUUAACUGAGGUAUAUGAAGCUCUGUUAGAAUGAAUUGGGACAAUUAAAAGAAAAUGCAGCUAUCAGAUAUUUAAAGUGUGACUGCAACACACUCUUUUUAGGUUUUACUUUCCAUAGAGCUGUGAUGAUCAUUUCUGAUCAUAGACGACUUGAGAAAAUAAAUCCAAGUAGACCUUUUACCCCCUGAGAAGUGCUUUCUGCUACUCAGAGAUCUGGGUACUUUUGAUGGGAAUGAAGAUGGUGGUAGUGUAUUUUUCAAACAUGAUCUGUAUUUACUCAUUACAUGCCUCAUGCAGGUCAAAGUGGUGCAGGAAACAACUGGGCCAAAGGCCACUACACCGAGGGAGCCGAGCUGGUGGACUCAGUCCUGGAUGUGGUGAGGAAGGAGUCUGAAAACUGCGACUGUCUCCAGGGUUUCCAGCUGACCCACUCAUUAGGUGGAGGCACCGGUUCAGGAAUGGGUACGCUCCUCAUCAGCAAGAUCCGUGAGGAGUACCCGGACCGCAUCAUGAACACCUUCAGUGUCAUGCCUUCCCCGAAAGUGUCCGACACCGUGGUGGAGCCCUACAAUGCCACUCUUUCUGUCCACCAGCUCGUGGAAAACACAGAUGAGACCUUCAGCAUCGACAACGAGGCCUUGUACGAUAUCUGCUUCCGCACCCUGAAGCUGACCACGCCUACCUACGGAGACCUCAACCACCUGGUUUCAGCCACCAUGAGCGGUGUGACCACAUGCCUUCGCUUCCCCGGACAACUUAACGCUGAUCUCCGUAAAUUAGCCGUCAACAUGGUGCCCUUCCCCCGGCUGCAUUUCUUCAUGCCAGGGUUCGCACCCCUCACAAGCAGGGGCAGCCAGCAGUACCGAGCCCUCUCCGUCCCAGAGCUCACACAGCAAAUGUUUGACGCCAAGAACAUGAUGGCCGCCUGCGACCCUCGUCAUGGACGCUACCUGACCGUGGCGGCAAUCUUCCGGGGGCGUAUGUCGAUGAAGGAAGUGGACGAACAGAUGCUGAGCGUGCAGAACAAGAAUAGCAGCUACUUUGUCGAAUGGAUUCCAAAUAACGUCAAGACAGCCGUUUGCGACAUCCCUCCACGCGGCUUAAAGAUGUCCGCCACUUUCAUUGGCAACAGCACGGCCAUCCAGGAGCUGUUCAGGAGGAUCUCCGAGCAGUUCACCGCCAUGUUCCGCCGCAAGGCCUUCCUGCACUGGUACACCGGAGAGGGCAUGGAUGAGAUGGAGUUCACCGAGGCUGAAAGCAACAUGAAUGACCUGGUGUCCGAGUACCAGCAGUAUCAGGACGCCACUGCCGAUGAGAUGGGCGAAUACGAAGAGGACGAAAUAGAAGAUGAGGAAGAAGUCCGCCAUGAUGUUCGCCACUGAUUGUGAAGCACUGAGAACCAGUCUGUCAGAAUCAUGAUUGCUGUUGGACAUUGCAAAAAUGCUUGCGAUGCAGAUAUAUAACAUAUUGCAGAGUGCAUUUCAUGGUGAAUUAUAGCUUUUUUGCCAAAUUUAUAGACACAGCUUCUACUGAUAAAGAUUGUGAGUGGCAUUAGAACCUAAUAAUAUGCAAUAUCAGAAUAAGUGUUUCUCAAAGUCAUGCUAUGCCAGUAUUCAGUACAGUCUUGUCCUAAAUACAGUUUUGUAACACUAACUUCAACAGUUAUUCACUCUCUGAAGUCUUGAAUAAAUUAAACACUUCUGGCAAUACCGUGUGUCGUCUAUUUUUAUCAUUGAAAGUAGUUAAAGGGGACCUUGCUAUUUAUUCAUCAGUUUGUAGGCCCAGGAUUUAGUUGUAAUAUUAUAUUUUUCUAAAGUGGAUGUUUGUGUUUUUGUCACAGGGUUGGGUUUGGAUUGCUUUUGUCUAUCAAUCAAAACUUAUUGGGCCAAGCUGUACUGUGUCAAAACAUCUCUUUAGAUAAGAAAAACUUUGAUUUUAAAACUGCUUUUUGUAUGACAUAAAGCUGAGAUGUAAGAUUGGUUUGAAGUAUUUUGUUUUAGUUUUGCACAAGACUGCAUAAACUAUUGUGAAAUCCU